GAUGGCAGCCGUAAAAUGGGUUGUAGAGUCGCAACUAGUGGUGAAUCGCAUUCCGACACAACACAUAGUAAUUUUUAUUUUGUGUGAUAUGAACAAACAUCAUCGCAUGUCAAUAGCCCUGACCUUACUCUUUCUUCACAUUGUAGCACAGAUUUCAUGGAGUAUUUCAUGGAGUUUUAAAGUAAACUACCCGGUAUGAGUUUUACCUGCAAAAAUCCCGAUGGUAAACAGGAAGUUCAACCUGUGCUAGGAGAAACACGCCUCCUGGGUCAGUCACACAAGCUGUUAAACAGCUCAGCAAGUUUAUGGUUUUCUUUUAACAUAUCGUAACCGUUGUUUGAUUAACUCUGGCUUGUUUAGAGGCGCUUCGUUCUCCACCCUUGACCACCUUUGCAUCAGUCUGUGGAAGAUGCUUCUUCGGACAUUGUGGUCGAGACUGGGAGCUCAGCGCCUUGCUGGGAGCAAACCAGUCUGUAUUGUUCCUUCAACCCCUCUCACCCAAUGUUUGAACCACAAUAAAAAUGAAUCCACCCCAAGGAUUCACUCCUGGUCAAGUAUAGGCACAAGGACCUUUUAUUUAAAGACAUUUCACCAGCAGCACAUGCAGAAAACACAAGCUUAUCCUGCUGUGGAUGGGUUUAAAAAUUAUAGUGUUCCUCUUUCAACUUUCCCUGGGAUGCAGAUCAACUGGAGAUGUGAUCAGGCUCGUUUUUAUUCAUCCAAUAUUGUAAAGUCAGUGCUCAAACCGACAUUACAACCAGCAAUGGUGCCUCCUAAAGGAAAGAGGCCUCCUAAAGGGCCGCGAACGAAACAACCUUCUCGGGCCAACCAGCCUUCAAUGAAAGAGGAUGAGGAUAUGAUGCAGUGCAUUGCCUUCGCAACAGCAGACCAGUAUCAUUUGCCAACACUUAGCCAUGACUUGAUAAACCACGGCUUCCAAGAAAUAGAUUUACCAAGAGAUGCAUCAAACGUCCUGGUGAUAAGCACUGAAAAUCCUGCUAAACCAGAUGAUGAUGCACUUAUCUUUUUCUUCAGGGAAGGAUCCGUGGUUUUCUGGAACGUUGAGGAGAAAGAGAUGAAAAAGGUUUUGAGAUUAUUGGAACAUCAUGAGAUCCAGCCUUACGAAGUUGCUCUAGUACACUGGGAAAAUGAGGAGAUCAACUACACAGUGGGAGAGUGCGAUGUGCCACCACUAGGAAACACAAAGCUUGAGAGAGGCAAUUUCAUCCUUAGUUACGAGAUGGAUCAGCAUGAGGCUGUUCUUGAGAAAUUUGCAUUUUCUAAUGCACUCUGUCUGUCAGUGAAGUUGGCGAUAUGGGAGGUGGCGUUGGACAACUUUGUAGAGUCGAUUCAGUCAAUUCCAGAGAUGCUGAAGUCUGGCAGAAGAAUCAAACUUUCUUCUGCUGAGGUUAUGCAGAAGAUAGGAGAGCUUUUCACAUUAAGACACUGCAUCAACCUGAGGUCCGACCUGCUCCUCACCCCUGAUUUCUACUGGGACCGAGAAAACUUGGAAAAGCUUUAUGACAAGACUUGCCAGUUCCUGAGCAUCAACCGCAGAGUCAACGUUGUGAAUGAGAAGCUGGAACAUUGCACACAGCUGACAGACCUGAUGAGGAGCCACUUGAGUGAAAAGCACAGCUUGAGGUUGGAGUGGAUGAUAGUCAUCCUCAUUACCAUCGAGGUGAUGUUCGAACUUGCGAAGAUGAUCUUCUAACCUGCAGAUCGCAGAAAGCACGAACCUAUAAAUGACACCAGGGACUGCAAGAGAAGAAUGCUGGACUCUACUGAGGAACUCGUUCACUGUUGUCAGUGACUCACUGAAGCCACUGCAAAAUGUGAAGGGGAUCUGAUUAUGUUAGGUUUGGUACUCCUAAAUUGGAUGAAGGAACACUUUUCAAACACACAAUAUAUAUCCAUCAAUCCAUCAUUGUUUUAGUAUCUGAUCGAAUAAUGUUUAUUAGCCUGGCUGGGUGUGUGUUCUGAUUUUUGUUCAAACUUGUUGGGUAUUUUUUUAUUUAAAUCUUAAGUGAACCCUGAGGUCACCUUUACCAAAAACAUCAUUCAUGCAACUUAUUCAUGUUAAAAGAAGGAAAUAUAAAUGCAUAAGUGAAUGUA